AUGGAGAAGAAGGUGUUCAUGGAGACGACGGACUACUUGCGUUCCAAGAUCAAAAGUUUCCAGGGGCACAUCAGGACGGAGGCAGGCAUCGCGGCGCUAGCUUCAGCGGCUGCGGCUUCAGCGUCCAUACACAUCAGGGUCGAGGCGCCGCUCAACCUCAGCGCACUGCACGGGAAAUACGCUGAACUGCACGUUUGCACGCCCGUACUUGACACGGCUGUUGCAGCAGCGCCUCUACUAGCCCUGCCUUCUCCCGUGCUGCAGGUUCUCAGCCCCGGUGCUGGCACCUGGGAGGCCGUGGCCAGGACGGUGCUGACUUAUGCACCAAGAUGCAAGAAGUUCUGGGCAAUCGAACUGUGCCAGUCUGCGCUAAGCGAGGAGGAGGAGCGCCUGCUGCUGAUGCUGCUACACGAGAGGCACAUCAGGACGAACGAUGCAGGCACUACACGCGCCGAGCCCCACGGCGCACAACGAAGGCGACUCCGCCUCUGCGAAGAUCCUCCGGCAAACUUCUCACCGUGACUUGCGCCUGGGGAGCAGAAGUGAGCGAAGGCAUUCAGGCUGGGGGAUGCCUACUUUAGUGGGACCCUCGCCGGUUAAUAAUAAAGUGGAAAUAUCGACCACAAUGCCAUACAUUUAAAUGAUAGUUCAUUUGUCUGUUGCUGACACACAUGACGUAUCUCUGGAGUGGAAUUUAAGACGUCCAGAUACUUGAUGCCUGAUUGUACUUUGUGAGACGCGAGAUAAGAAAUAGAGAGCAUUCUGAUGGUAAAUGAAAUGUGUACCAUUAUUAUCGGCUAACCUAAAAUUAUUAUCGGCUAACCUAAGAAAACUUCUAGCGCGAUUUAAUGCGCUGAAUUUUUUAACCGCUAUUAUUAUUGCGCUAACAUCACCCUCAAGUGCCGUAAAUGGUUGUUUAUAUGGUCUGCGAUGGGUUUUAGCAAGCAUGCCUAUUCUUAUAGUAACUGCUAUGGCAUAAUAUCGAAUUUUAGGAAAGGAAAUAAGUAUUAUAAACGUUACAUUAGUUAUUUCUAACUUAGUUUUAAUAUCACCUUUGAGUUGGCCUCAUUUGACAUGUUUUUUUUUGUCACUGUGUCUCGAGUAAUACGCUGUUCAAUUGAUCCAGUUUACUAGUGUGU